AUGGCCAACCGCUAUGUUCCACCCGCCCUCCGUGCGAAGGGUCAAGGCCGAGAAGAUGUGAGCACUUCGCGCGCCGACAAUAGCAACAGAUCCAUGACCACCAUGUCCACUUCUCCAGGUCUUCGCGGUGGAAUCAGCGCGUACGGUUCCGGCGAUUCCUCCUCUCCACGUCUCCGUGGCGGUGAUCACAGCCCUCGACCACUGCCUAGGGACUCCGAAUGGAUUCCGGACGAAGAUCUUUACUCGCUUAGAGAAAUUCAACAUUACUUCUGGCCUGAAGAGGACCUGGGGAAUGGAGUUGGAAAGAGACAAAGCAAGACACUUCACGACUCCGCUGCCACACCCGGAGUUCUUGCCUACGUGUUACUCUUCAAGGACGCAAACCCACGCUGGGAGACCGAUGGUAUCAUUUAUACCAAGUCAAGCCUGGAACUGUUGCCUGCACAGCCGGCCAUUGGGGCGAAUAACGCUGCAGCUUCAGCUUCAGGUCUUGACGUCAAAGUUGGCGACAGCAACGACCCUCUACCUGCACAACUGUCGAACACGCGUCCAGGUGAGGCGCAUGCGCCCGAAGCAAUCAAGGAGAACCAUAUCCCCACUGCCAUCGAUGCUUCAGAUGUCGUCUCCGGAGCUAAUACAAAAGAGAGGCACGCCAUUGCGGUCUUCUCUCAGGUUCGCCGUCCACCUUACGACGCUGACUCCACAAAGAUGCGCACAUUCAGAUUUACGGGCUACUUCAACAUCGCCAAACUUCAAUUACUUCAGCCUCAUUCGCCCGAGCUGCUGAGGAUGCUGGAACAGAAAUGGACGCUCACCAACCCGCGUACGGGUCAAGUCCGCCAUAGGCAGAGAGAUGCCAAAGGGUGGGAGGAAAGCCUCAAGUUGAGAUGGGCUGUGAUCAAGUUCGAGAAAGAUGACAACACAGACGCAGUGCGUGGCAAGCCACAAAUCGCGAGACUCGAGGAUGAUGAGGGAGACGAUGUCAAUGAGAAGAAAGGUGUCAAUGAGAUGCUGAGAGAAUUGAGGAUGAAGGACAGUGGUGCAACAAAUGAGAUUCAGCAGGCCAACGUCGACGUGGACAGGAAGUCGGCGGAGGAAGUCCCCUUGAGCCAACAGAAACAGAAGCUGGAUCCGGAUCGACAAUCCCAAUCUGAGACUUGA